AUGUUUGGAUCAAAGGCAUUCUUGACGGCGCUUGUUUUCCUGCAUGUUGUUCAGUUUUCCGAAGGAAAAACUUGGUGGAAGCGCUAUGCUGGCUAUUGUAAUGCAGCUUCUAGCAACUGUGGGGCUGGGUGUAACGUUGAUUCGGAUUGCCCAGGUGGUGCGUGUUGGGCAGACAUGGACGACUGCAGCACAUCAGGAUAUUGCAAUGCGGCAUCUAGCAACUGUGGUGCCGGAUGCAAUAUACAAAGUGAUUGCCCAGGUGGCGAUUGCUGGGCCAACCAUGACGACUGCGGCACAUCAUCAGGAUAUUGUAAUGCAGCAUCCAGCAACUGUGGUGCCGGGUGUAGCACUGACGGGGAGUGUCCAGGUGGUGCGUGUUGGGCCAACCAUGACGACUGCGGCACAUCAUCAGGAUAUUGUAAUGCAGCGUCUAGCAACUGUGGUGCCGGGUGUAGCACUGACGGGGAGUGUCCAGGCGGUGCGUGUUGGGCCAACCAUGACGACUGCGGCACAACAUCAGGCUAUUGUAAUGCAGCAUCUAGCAACUGUGGUGCCGGGUGUAAUACAGCCAGUGAUUGUCCGGGUGGUGAUUGCUGGGAAAACAUGGACGACUGCGGUGGCACCCCCACAGGAGAUCACAUUGUCGGAACAUACCUCGGGAUGUUGCCGGGAGGAAUAUCUGCUCCUUCACUGUCCUCUGUACCGAGCGAGGUGAAUUAUAUGUUACUGGGUUUCGCUGAAGAUCCAUCACAAACGGGCAAUUUUGAGGCAUUUUCUAUGUGGGUAAGCAUGGGUAUUACCUACGAUAGCAUCACUAACGACAAAGCGGCGAAUCCAGGCAGAAAGUAUAUGAUCUCCAUUGGUGGAUCAGCAGACAGUGGAGGAACAUUCGGUAUUGCCGGCGGUAUGAGCGUCUCCCAGUGGGUAGACAAUGCAGAUAAUUCUAUUUCCAGUAUAGUUAACAGUUAUAAUGCGGAUGGCGUCGAUAUCCAGGUGAGUAUUUUUUAGUCAUUUUGUUCAUUUUUGAUUGCACAGUAACCCUGCCGGUAAAGCCUUUCUUUUCCUUGCAUGUUUGAGUUUGCCUUCUUGUGACACUCUUGAUGAACGCCUGCGGCAUGUUGAUAGAAUAUAGUUUCCAACCCAGGUCUAAUAAUCGUGUGCUUGCCACAGCGGGCUCAUUUAUGGACAUGGGUUUCUCAAUAAACGGAUACCCGCACUCGAAAAAUACCAGUUUGACGAGUCAACCUGCUCGUAUGUAUCCCACACGAAUUAACAGGCUUUUUGUUGUUUAGAAACCUUGAUUCUUGCUCAAAAGCUACUCUUGACUGUAUUUGAACAAGGUAACCUGCUCGUGAUUAUUGACGUAAAAAAAAAACCACAGGAACAACCAAGUUCGGCAAGGAAAUCAGUGUCAAGGAAAACUCGCUGGUAGUAAGGAGUUUUAAGUUUGUCUUUUCUAUCUUAGUUUGAAGGCGGAACGUCAAACCCCGAUUUCUCCACGGCAAUCACACAGCUUGCACAACGUCUGAAAGCCCGAGGCUUUUUAGUUUCAGUCGGACCUUUCUACGGUGGAACAUGGAAUGACUACAUCAGCCUGCCGUUGAACGACGUCGACUAUGUAUUUUGUCAGUUCUAUGCCAAAAACUUGCAGUCAGUGGAUAGCGUGGUGAGCGACAUAACAAAUGCGGCAAACGAUCUGGGUAGUUGGAGCAAGCUGAUCGCCGGGUUUAACUCCAACAACAGAAACCCUAACCCCUCCACAUCAUUGCAAGCCGUCUAUCAACUCAAAAGCUCUCUCAAGGGAACAUUCACAUGGACUGCUGAAGAUUCUCAGUCUAACUCGCCUCCAUAUUGCAUUGAGAAAAACUCCGCAAACAUUUUGAACAACAACCAGCAGCCUGGGUCAUGUAAUUGGUAA